GACAAUUCAACUAAUUUUUUAAUUAGUAAUAAAUAUUAUGCUUCUUUUUGUAAAAAGAAAUUUAAAAACCCAUUUAUUAUAGCAAUUAUCAUUACUAAAGAAAUCAAUGAGCUUAAAUCAUUUGAAUUUAGUCAUUGUGUUGGAUUAAGGAAAGUGGAAAUACCAAGUUCAGUUAGUAAAAUUGAAAAGUAUUGUUUCAAGGAUUGUAAGAAAUUAGAGUUAAUUGGAUUACAUGAAGGUAUUGAAUAUGAAAAAGGAUGUUUUGAAGGGUGUGAAAAAUUAAGAGAAGUGAUAGAAAUGGACAGUUCGUUGUUUGAGAAAAUAGCAAAGUGA